AUGGCAUGGAGUACCAGACCCAAUGUUCCUAACCCAGAGCUACAGGAGGUGACAAAUGAGCCAGCCCCGACAAGGUCUUUUGCGAAUUUAUGGACGCCCGAGCAAAAGCCGAAGCUUUCCACUCCACUACUUCUGUUCAACGACGGAGACACUCUCUUGUUCAUAGAUUCUGGACCUGCAAGACAGUAUUGUACCACUGCGCGAGGCCCAACUAUUCCUCAUCGGGUACACAGUGAGAAGCUAUUAGCUACAGAUUCUGCUUAUUUUACCCGACUGUUUCAACAAAGAUCACAAAAGCGGUUCCGAAAGCAGCGAGGCUAUGAGGAUAGACUGCCUGAUGGUAUCAAAUACGUGGUGGAUUUGACACCAGAAACAUUGGACGAAGAUGCUGUUAUCAUUUUAACAGAGGUCUCCUGUCCGAUGACCAUACGAACCUGGGCGUCAUACCAAUAUUUAUGGGAUCUUCCUUAUCCUUGUGUUGGAGGAGAGGAUGAACUGGAGCUCACCGAGGUUCGAGAGCCAGUGGAUCUAUCUGAGCCUUUGGUUGUUCGCGAUGAAGCGGAGGAUGAGGAUGAGGAUGAAGGUAUCGAGUGGCCAGAAAAUAGGCCUAAGCGCUUCGUUCCCUGGUAUCGUGAAAACGCAAGUUCACGCAAGAAACUCGCCACAGGUCUUCCUGUGGAGUAUUCUGCUGCACGCCAUAGAGAGGGAAUUGAGAAUGUACUGAACGUUCUCGAAGGGCUCCCCAUUACUCUGGACACGCCUUGCAAGCUUUGGACUUUUUUCGCAGUUGCGAAACUAUACGAUGUCGCUACCGUUCCAUCCAUAAGUGGAUACAUCGUCGCCUGGUUUUACGAACGCCAUAACACGCGCUUCAUCGAACUGCAUCCCGAAAUUGCUUAUCGAGUAGCGUUGGGCAUAAAAUCCGCUACGCUUUGUCGCGACGCAUUCGUUGGUCUAGUCAGUGACGAGGCACUGCUUUAUUUGAUUCGAUCAGCUCUGUUGAAGCCAAUAGAACAAUGGAAACAAUCAUUCAAAGAUUCUCGCAUGAAAGAUGUUCUUGAUGAUACGGAGGUACAGCGAAUUGAGUACGCUAGCAAAGCUUUUGCUGACGAUAUCAUCAAUCAUUUCCUUCAUCUCGUCGGAGAAGAAAUGGCUUGGUUUCGAGACGUACCAGAAUUCACAAAAAUAACCCAGCACCUGUCUGACCACCCCGAGGACAAACAAUCAGUUCGUCACUUGAUUAUAAGCCUGAAAAACACCGUUAGGAACAUUCUCUAUCGUACUCUCAGCGAUGUUGGAGAUCCCGUGCGUUUUUGCGAUGCAGCGCCUUCAGAUAAACCGAGGCCUUAUUAUCGUGCAUUCCUUCAACGUGACCUGUUAGUCAGAUUGAUGGGAGCAGAAUUCUGGACAGAUCUUGCGCUCUAUAAUUUUGAUAUUUCGUACAAGAACUAUCGCAUAGAGGAACCAGGCAAUGAUCAUUUGACCAUAGCAGAUAUUGGGUAUGGUCUACUUGCAUUCCAAGGACAAGGAAAUGCAAGUAUUCGUGGAGUGAUGAGGAGAGAUUUGGCCUUUCAAAUACAAGACUUCAACGACCUAACCAGUCGUCGCGCUAGGCAAAAGCGAGCUGUCAUAGAGAGGCAGAAAACCGCCAUAACCUCUAAUGCAGAGCAACACAGGAGUCUCCCUCUUAGAUUGCGUCAACCAUACGAUCAACCAUACGACGAAACCGAAAUUUUCCCUAUGGAUACAAUAUUACCUGAGAGAUCAGCCAAGGGACCAGAUACAGGUUCUUCUUCUUCGCCUCGCCAAAGUAUAACCAGGGGCUUUGCAUCAAUCAUGAACCCAGCAAACACAGAUGCAAGCAAUGAAGCCCAAUCGAACGUCCCACAUGAUGCCUCUGCAUUCGAUCUUGAUGUUUUUAUCACCUCAGCGAUGGCACACAUUUCGCGCUAUGCCCAACGUCUCGUUUACGCAAACAAACAGUCUUCUUUUCACCCGGAUGGUACCGAUCUUCUGACUUGUCUUACUGAUAAUGAAUGGCAAUACUUGCCCCUCUGGGCGGGAGGUAACGACGAUGAAACGGGAGGAGUGUUCACUGAUCAUGAAAUCCCCAUCGUCGCCACCGGUGGAUUUUCUGCUCCCGGCCCUUCAGUUCAUACCAGCAGUACAGCACCUACAAAUGAUUCGUUCAGUGAGAUCAACUCGAGCGAAUUCCAGAGUACUAUCCAAGGCGCCUCCAAUCAUGCAACCUACUCCCAUGCUUCCGAUAUUCUAUCCAUGCGUUCUUUCACGGAGUUAGAUCGGUUGGAUGAGGUUGAAGAACCCAUCCAGCAAGCUUCAGCGUCAACAUUUGAUGACCCCGACAGCGAAGAGGAUUUUGAUGCCCAGAGCAUUGGGCCUAGUACUGUAGUCAUGAGUUCGCCUAGUCUUUCUGGCUUGUCGGACGAUGAUGAUGAUGAGGAUGAUGAUGGUAAUGAUAUUGAUAUGAUUGAAUCUGAAGAUGAAUUUUCUUUGAUGGAAACUUGA